AUAACAGAGAGCAUCAUUCCCGAAACAACGCACCCUGACUUCCGUCUGUGGCUCACUUCAUACCCAGCCACACACUUCCCUGUUCAGAUAUUGCAGAAUGGGAUCAAGAUGACUAAUGAGACCCCAAAGGGCCUGAGGGCCAACAUCAUCAGGUCAUAUCUGUCUGACCCAAUUAAUGAUUCUGAGUUCUUUGAGAGCUGCAAGCAGUCAGAUAGCUUCAAGAGACUUCUGUAUGGACUAUGCUUUUUCCAUGCAUUGGUCCAGGAGCGACGCACAUUUGGACCCUUGGGGUGGAACAUUCCAUAUGAGUUCAAUGAGACAGACCUACGCAUCAGCAUUUUGCAGUUACAUAUGUUCCUUGAUGAGUAUGAGGUAUGUAUCAGGUGACAGAGCU